UGUUGGAAGAGUUUACCCUCGUUUCGUGUGGUGGGCGAUGUACUAAUGAAGAAAUACAAUAAAGCCAAAAUUGUUCAAGCCGCCAAAGGCAAAAAUGGACUGAAACUAGUUUUAAGCAAAAAAAAUCGUGCCGGCAAGGUGAUGAACUAUCCCAAACGCAUGGAUUUGGUCUAUCUGCAAACAUCGCCCAAUUACUGUGAACGCAAUGUGCAGGAGGGCGUUUUGGGCACUCAGGGCCGUGUCUGCAAUCGCACCUUGCAUGGUUUCCAAAGCUGUGAUCUGCUCUGCUGUGAGCGUGGCUAUAAUACCCAACAAAUACGACGCACCACCCAGUGUCGCUGUCAGUUUAAAUGGUGCUGUCAGGUGCAAUGUGAUGUCUGUGAGGAGAACUAUGAAGAGUUUACUUGUAAAUAAUAUUUAA